AUGGCGAACCCCUGGAACCCGCGAGUAGCGCUGCUAACCACACUGCUCGCCGCGGCUCUCCUAGCCGCCUUCUACACGUACCAGCUGCCAGCGGCCCUGGAACUCAGCACACCGCCCGCUCCGCCCAGCAGUGGGAUCCCAGGGCUUGCGAUAUCGCUGAACCAGACGACUCGCGGCACCCCAGCAACGCUUGUCGUGGCCCUCGAGAACCACCACCAAGAGACGGUGUACACGGUGCUGAAAUGGGGUACGCCCAUGGACCCGUCUGCACUCGACACAGCCGUCUUCAGCAUCGUCGAUGCAGAUACCCGCGAGCAAAUUCACCAGGAUAUCCAGCACGUGAACCGAAAAGUACCACCGCCCCCCAAUCAGCUGGUUACGCUUGCGCCGGGUGCACGCCAAGAAUUCACCGUCGUGUUUGAGCGGCCUUGGAUGUCUCGCCACAGCAGACCUGCCACGUACAAGGUCAGCGCGAAAGGCGUGUUCAAGGCCGGCUGGGCCAAAGCCGCCGAGGGCUUGACAAGGCAGGAAUUGUACGCUUAUGCAGAGAGUCCGUUUAGCCAGGCGAGGUUUGCGACGGAAGAGGUUGUAUUAGAAGUGUAG